ACAUCUACGCAUGUAACCAAUUUAAUUUUGUUUUACUUUUGGAAAUUACUUUUUAUUGUUUGUCAAAAUAUGCCUCGCAAGAAGUCAGAACAAUUUUACAAAGAACACGGUUUCUUACCCAGGUGUAUUAACGGCAAAUAUUCGGCAAUUUGCAAGGGCUGCGACAAGGAACUAUUUAACACAGCAUUGUCAAGACUCCUAAUGCACAAACAAAACUGUGACAAGAAAAGAACCGGCUUUGAAGUGUCUGUGGCUAUAGAUUCCAUUGCAAAGGAUCCGGCGGAGACAGUUAAACUUGAAGGCAUAGGUAGCGACGACGAAGAAAUGUCCAUUGAAGUGCUUGAGUAUAAUGAAAACGACUAUUUCGAAGAUGGAGCUAAGACCCCCGAAGAAGUCGAGGUAUAUGAACAAGAAGAACAAGACGCGGAUACCCAACGUAAGAGAGACGCGCCAAGCCAGACAGCGGGCUGCCAAGUUCAUGAUGAGAAUAAAAUAGACUUGGAAACAGAAUGCUCAAAAUACUUUGACAUUGUUAACGAAAACUUUGAUGUAAGAACUGUACCAAAAUCCGGGUCAUUAGCUGCUUUAAAAGCAGACAAAGUCCGGGCGCAAAUUAGACAAUUUCAAAGUAAGACACAGUUUUUAAAAACCGAAACUGACAACUUAAAACUGGAACGCACCUUGGCGUUAUUAAAGAUUCAAAAACUACGCCUAGAGAUAGACUCAUUAAGGGCUUACAGCUGA